UGUUUACAAGAUUUGCGCGAUUAAUGAUACCCGUCACCUUUAUCAGAGUUAUGAAUCAAUGUGUGUAUCUAUCUGAAUAGACAGUAUGAUCAACUUUGUUCAUCGUUUUUAUUUUUUCAUUUAACGCUUUGAACAAGAUUUUUGAAUUUAUUCGCCAUUGAAAGGAAAUUUGUUUCAGGACCUGAUUUCAUUUCCAUCCUGGGGAUUAUGUUUUCAAUAUUUCAUUUUGUUACUCUAUUGUCAGGAAAUGUUGGUUCUUUUGAUAGUAGUUCUUAACUUGGUUUUUGGUGAUCUCAGUAGUUAAUGUGGGUAUGCCAACAUUCAUGAUUACGCAUUGCUUAUUUUAUUUGCGGAUUCUUGAUUGCGCCCUUUAUUCUGUGGUAAAUCCUUAAGGUCAAGAGUUCAAUUUCUGAAUGGCUGCCAUUUCUUUGAUCAUACUGAAAAAUGCAUCUAGUUUGUAAAUUUUUUACAACGAUCCAAUGUCUGUCUUUAAUGAGCAUUUUAGCCUGUUAUACAUGUAAAUAUGAUGAUGUCUCGCUCUUUGCAACCUACGCAUAAAGGCUAGAUGCUUCUAAAUUGUUUAGAAGUAGUGAUUUAUCUUGUAUACUGAAAUUAUCAUACAUUUAUUUUGAAUCUUGAGGGCAUCAUUGACAUUCUUCUUUGGAGAACAAAACUGUGAUCAGAAAAUUUAGCUUGGUACACAGCUGCGUUCAAGUUCAAGCUGACAUGACUUCUCAAGAAAUGGAAAGCAUUACUAAUGUUAUGGAAUUCGAGGCUGUUGCAAGGGAGAAAUUGCCCAAGAUGGUUUAUGACUAUUAUGCAUCUGGUGCAGAGGACCAGUGGACUCUCCAUGAGAAUCGAAAUGCAUUUUCUAGGAUACUGUUUCGGCCUCGUAUUCUGGUUGAUGUCAGCAACAUUGAUAUGACCACAACGAUUUUGGGCUUCAAGGUCUCAAUGCCCAUCAUGGUUGCACCAACAGCCAUGCAGAAGAUGGCACAUCCUGCAGGAGAGCUUGCCACAGCAAGGGCAGCAUCAGCAGCUGGUACCAUCAUGACAUUAUCCUCCUGGGCCACAUCCAGCGUCGAAGAGGUUGCCUCAACUGGACCUGGCACUCGUUUUUUUCAGCUCUAUGUUUACAGAGAUAGAAAUGUUGUUCGACAGCUUGUGAGAAGGGCUGAAAAAGCUGGUUUCAAGGCAAUUGCUCUGACAGUUGAUACUCCAAGACUAGGGCGGAGGGAAGCUGACAUCAAGAACAGAUUUACCUUGCCAACCCACUUGACAUUGAGGAAUUUUGAUGGCUUGGAUCUCGGCACAGUAGAUAGGACCAAUGACUCUGGACUGGCUACAUAUGUUGCUGACCAAGUUGACCGGUCUCUUAACUGGAAGGAUGUGAAGUGGCUUCAGUCAAUCACAACAUUGCCGAUUCUGGUGAAGGGUGUAUUAACUGCUGAGGAUGCAAGUCUGGCCGUUCAAGCUGGAGCAGCAGGGAUUAUUGUGUCCAAUCACGGAGCUCGACAACUAGACUAUGUUCCUGCAACCAUAAUGGCCUUGGAAGAGGUUGUGAGAGCUGCACAGGGUAGGGUUCCUGUUUUCCUGGAUGGUGGAAUUAGGCGUGGAACAGACGUCUUUAAAGCAUUAGCACUUGGAGCAUCUGGUGUAUUUAUCGGACGGCCGGUGGUUUUCGCAUUAGCAGCUUACGGGGAGGCAGGUGUAAGAAAAAUGCUUAAGAUGCUUCACGACGAGUUGGAGCUGACUAUGGCACUGAGUGGGUGUCGUUCCAUCAAGGAGAUCACGCGUGCCCACAUUACAGCGCCUUGGGAUGCUCCGCAUGUUUCACCUCGAUUGUAGAUGGAUUAUACCGACGUGACCACCAAAUUAAGGCUGUGAGAAGUCAAAUUUCUUAGAUUUUUGGUGGCAGAAUAAGUGAAGAAACCGCGUAUGAUGUUCUACAUCAAUUUGUACGCAGAACUUAAUAUUUGAUGUAUAUCAGAACUCUGAAUGGUAUCUUUUGGGGCAACCUUUUCCAACUUCAUUGCGGAAAGUAUUGCAGUAGUUGGAAGGACGAA